AUGAACAAAGAAAACAAUAGGAGUGCAGCUGGUCUGCGAAGAUCCGCGAUAGUAGAAAGAAUACGGUUGCGCGAGGAAUGGUCUGCUUUGAAAGGUACCGACGACGCUCAACCAACUGCUAUUCUCAGGAAAAGGCAGAACAACAUUUUGAAGAAGAAACAGGACAAUGUGGUUGUGAGCAAUAAUGACAAAUGUAAUAGAAAUAAAGUUCGGGUCAAAGUGGGAACGGAGGAUCCAAGAUUUACCCGCGCAAUGGCGGCAACGAACGAGGCGCUUCGCGGUGUAGUGGCGCUGGUUGAAGUGGGGGCGGAGCACCGGGCGCUCGCCCUCAGGGCCGCCCUCACUGCUCUAGGAGCUACCGUUGUGCCAGCUUGGAGCCCACUUGUCACGCAUCUUAUUUGGUCUCAGGGCGGCUGUCGCAAUACUCGUGCGAAGGCCCGAGCGCUGGCUUGUCGCCUUGUUUCCCCACUGUGGGUGGAGGCCUGUGCUGCCAGUGGUCGCCGACUGCUGGAAACCACUUUCCCAGCAGCUCCAAGACCCUCAGAUCUACCCUCGCCGAAGACCCUAAGACGCCUCCUGAUAAAGGCGGAAAUGGAGAACAUACCCCUGGCGGAAUUGCUCUCCGACAGCAAAGAGGACGAAAAUGAAAUAAAGCCGCGUCUGCGGAUUUCCAGCGAAACGGAACGCGACACGACUACGGACAAAUCGACGGACACGUCGGCAGACACAUCGCACAACGAGACACGGGAUCAAACUGAUAUAGAAACACGCGUCAACACGGCUCCACGUCGCGCUUUGCCUUUAUCUGUUAUAUCCCCGCGGCCGACAAAGUCCAGGAGGAAACUCUUUACACAGAAGGAAGCUGAAGUAUCAAAGUCCAGUGCAAACGAGACUCAUGGUGAGGAGAGUGUGGUGCGCGGGAAGCGGGGUCCGCUGACGCAGCACGAGCGCCGCCAGCUGGCGCGGGCCGAGCGCAUGGCGCGCAGGCUGGCCGCCGCGCACGCACACACGCACGCACAGCCCGCCACCGACGCACACACCUACAGAGUUGUAUUAACAGGGAUGUCUAGGUCAGAACGAAUCGCAGCUUACACCGCGAUUCGAACCUUGAACGGGCGCGUGCAGAAACAAGUCAACCGGAAAACCACACACGUUCUCCUUGGCUCGUGCCGCGAGGACUCCCCAGAAGCUAGUCCAGAGAAGAGUAUAAACAAUAAAAGCAUGAAUAAAAACCAUGAAAACAAUAACAAUAGGGUAAACAAUUCAACCAUGACAGUAGCAGGCGAAAUGGCGCCAAAUGAUGACAAUAUGGCGUCGGUAGUCGACAAAAUGACGUCGAGACCACAGAAAGUUCGAACGGUUAACGCUCUGUUGGGAGCGGCGAGAGGCUGUAGGGUUCUGGACGCGAAAUGGGCCACAGAAUGCUUGGCAGCAAAACGAUGGCUCCAUCACUACGGGUAUGAGGUGCCGCAUUUGAGAAAAAUAUCGCUGAAAGCGCGAGUAGAACGCACUGCGUUAGGCAAAAUGCGCUCCGAAUAUGCGUAUGACGUAUUCAACGGUAUGCGAGUGCGCGUUUCGCCUAAUGCCGAGCAGAAAGACGCCGUCAUUCAACUGCUAACACUCUGCGGCGCUGUUGUACAACAUGGCGGCAACGUACAAAAUGGCGGCUUAACGCAACAUGGCCGCCAACUGCAAGAUGGCGGCGUUUUACAUCAUGGUCGCCUCCAGAACGCGUGGGUCACACAAAACAGGAUCGCGCAAAAUAGCGGCGUGAUUUCAGCCGAUUACGAUAUUAUUAUAGGUGUGGAAGACGGUCAAGUUAGUUCGAAAUGGGUUUUCGAUAGCGUGGCGUCGUCUAGAAUGAGGACUGCUAGACGAUAUGUUAAUAAAACAGUUUCAGAAACUUCGAGAAAUCUAAGUCAACAGUGUAACAGGUGGUAA